CUGAGUUUAAAAACCCUAAACCCUAACUUUACAGCGGAGAACCCCAACCCAGCACCCACCAAAAAAAAUGGCGUUGUACGUGCUAUACGAAUCGGCGUCGGGAUACGGUUUGUUCUUGGCGCACGGGAUCGAUGAAAUCGGGCAGAACACGGAGGCGGUUCGGAGCUCCGUUUCCGAUUUGAACCGGUUCGGGAAAGUGGUGAAGCUCGCCGCUUUUACACCCUACGAGUCUGCUCUUGACGCUCUCAACCAAUGCAACGCCGUCUCCGAAGGUCAAAUGACUGAUGAGCUGAGGAACUUCUUGGAGCUCAGCCUACCAAAGGUCAAAGAAGGCAAGAAGCCAAAGUUCAGUUUAGGACUGGCGGAGCCGAAGCUGGGAUCACACAUUUUUGAAGUGACUAAAAUACCCUGCCAAAGCAAUGAGUUUAUCCUUGAGCUUCUUCGUGGCGUGCGCUUGCAUUUUGAUCGGUUCAUCGAAAACCUCAAGCCCGGUGAUUUGGAGAAAGCACAACUCGGUCUGGGUCACAGUUACAGCAGAGCGAAAGUGAAGUUCAAUGUGAACCGUGUAGACAAUAUGGUUAUUCAAGCUAUCUAUAUUCUCGAUACUCUCGACAAAGAUGUCAAUUCCUUUUCCAUGAGAGUGAGAGAAUGGUACUCGUGGCAUUUCCCCGAGCUAGCGAAGAUUGUUAACGACAACUAUCUGUAUGCCAAAGUUGCUAAGUAUGUGGAUGACAAAUCCCAGUUGUCUGAGGAUAAUUUAUCAGGCUUGACAGAGAUAGUAGGCGAUGAAGAUAAAGCAAAGGAGAUUCUAGAGGCUGCCAAAGCUUCCAUGGGACAAGAUUUGUCACCAAUUGACAUGAUUAACAUUAAACAAUUCGCACAAAGAGUGACCGAACUUGCUGAGUAUAGGAAGAAUGUUUACGAUUAUCUGGUCUCCAAAAUGAGUGACAUAGCCCCUAAUUUGGCUGCUUUGAUCGGUGAAGUUGUUGGUGCACGUUUAAUUUCUCAUGCUGGUAGUCUCACAAACUUGGCAAAGUGUCCAUCUUCGACACUUCAGAUUCUUGGCGCCGAGAAGGCUCUCUUUAGGGCACUGAAAACCCGUGGGAACACUCCAAAGUAUGGUCUUAUUUUCCAUUCCUCCUUCAUUGGCCGUGCAUCUGCUAAGAACAAAGGGCGGAUGGCUCGUUAUCUUGCAAACAAGUGCUCUAUUGCCUCUCGGCUUGACUGUUUCUUAGACAAAAGUACCACUACUUAUGGAGAAAAACUUCGAGAACAAGUUGAGGAGCGUCUAGACUUUUAUGAUAAAGGGGUUGCUCCACGUAAGAACAUUGACGUGAUGAAAUCUGCUAUUGAAACCGCGGACAACAAAGAAGACGAGACUAUGGUUAUUGUGAAUGGAGAUUCAACUGAGGAGCCGAAAACCGAAAAGAAAAAGAAAAAGGAGAAGAGAAAACAUGAGGUCGAAGAAGAAAAACAGGAAAAGAUUGAUGUGAAUGGAUCGAACGUGGAUGAUGGAACUGCUAAAAAGAAGAAGAAGAAGAAGAGCAAGGACGACGAGAUUGUCGUUGAUGCUCCAGCUCCCACCACUGAAGGCAAAAAGAAGAAGAAAAGCAAAGUCACGGGCUGAGGGCAAUUGAGUAAAUUUUGUAAGUUGUUCGGUCGAGGAAAUUAGUAGUUUAAGAUGUCUAGGAAAAACAUUUUAUUAUGUUGGUUGUAAUAUGAAUGCUCGUUCGUUCUAGUGUGGUGUGGCUGAAUGUGUGUAUGCAUCAAGUUUUGCACAUUUUUCAUUAUUAGAUACAUUUGCUUACAUGUUCUAUAUUAUGUUUCACUUGAUCCUCUAAUAUAUUGUUUUAAUACGUUU